AGAGUUUAAGACGUCUAGUGCUGUCCUUGAGCAACCAGAGAAUGAUUAUCUUCGUCUGCUGCAGCAUUGAGGUUUGGAAAACACGUGUGCUGUAGAAUUUUGAUUAUUUUUCUCAGGUGUUUUAAAAGAAAAAUAUGGAAAAUCGCCGGCUCGUAGUAGCAAGAGAGGGUGAACAAGAUGACAGAAUGAAAACCUUCAUUUUUAAAGGUGAAGGACAUACCUUGGGCAAUGCACUUCGGACAUUAAUUUUGAAAAACCCUGAUGUAAUUUUCUGUGGCUACACCAUUCCUCACCCAUCCGAGAACAAACUGCACUUGAGGAUAGAAACAAGAGAAAUGUCUGCUGUUGAUGCCCUAAGAGAAGGACUGGAGCAGCUGCAGAGCUUGAGUGAUCAUGUCUUGGAAACAUUUGAGACAGCAGUAUCAGACUUUAAAUCAAAACAAAUGGAAGUGUAAUUUCAUAACUGUGUAUCGGUAACUCUAAAUACAGCUUCAAUCUUCAUAA